GUAAUGUCUCGCUGUGAUUAUAAAUACAUGCGUUGCAGUUUGAAGAAGCUAUUUUCAUGUUAGACAGAUCUUACCACAGUUUCGCCUUCCGUUCCGUGUUAUGGAGAAAUCAAAGGCAAAGCCAGUUUCUAACUCUCUGGUGUUUUCAUCGUUAUUUCUCUCCGUUGUUUGCUUCGUGGCACUGAUUCACGUCGAGAUCGAACUUCACGCUCAUCGACAAAUGCUUCAAGUCUUGAAUCAACCAAAAGAAGAGAAACUCGAGCUGAAGAACCUAGCAAAUGACGAAAAGCCGACUGAGAUGAAUAUUUUAUAUCCUUACCCAAAUGAAGAACUUCAAACUCGUCAAAAAAGGCAAGUGAAAAAUACAGACGGGAGAUCAAACGCCAGCGUAACCAUCGAUCGUGAAUCGAUCAGAAAAGAAGUACGACUCGCUAUCAAGAGCCAGGCCUGCAGUGUUCAUUGCCCCAAGAGCAUCAGGGGAAGACGAGGCAGACCUGGUCAAAGAGGCCCUCCAGGUAAACAUGGACCACCCGGACCACAAGGAGUAAAGGGACCUAAAGGAAACCAGGGCCCUCAGGGAAUUCAAGGACCUCCCGGGCCUAUGGGCCCUCCUGGAGCUAAGGGCGAGCCUGGUAAAUCAAUCUCAGCUCCCUUUAUUGUGACACCUCCCAUGUCUAUAGUUGUAAACGAAACUGGAGCAGCCUCGUUUCAAUGUGAGGUUGAAGGAAACCCGCAACCUAAAGUCACGUGGCUGAGAGAUAACUCCAGUCUUCUGGCGGAUAAACGAAUCGUGCCAACUGCUGGUGGCCUGGUUAUCAAGGACGUCACGUUAAAAGAUAAUGGAACCUACACCUGUGAAGCGCGGAAUAUUCUUGGGGUUAUGACGUCAUUGGCUAGGUUGACUGUUCAAGUUGGUGCAUCAAUCAUUCAAAAACCCUCAUCAGUUAUCGUUGAAGAAGGAAACAAAGUGAAUCUGGUUUGCAAAGUUUCUGGUCAGCCUACACCAACGGUCACAUGGCGAAAAGCAGUCGGUCAUAUGUCGAACGAAAGAUCGAGAGUUUUUAAUGGCAGAUUGGAAAUAACCAACGUGACUAAAACGGACGGUGGAGACUACAUAUGUUUGGCAAAGAACAAUGUCAACGAAGAUUCGGCCCAUACACAAGUCAUCGUGCUUGAACAACUCAAGUUUAUACUACUCCCUCCCCAUAAACGUUUAGCCAAACCUUCAGAAAAUGUGUUACUGACUUGCAAAGCACAAGGAGCAAGAGAAGUCGUGUGGCAGCGGACAGGCCAAGGUUUGCCCUCAGGUCAUAUCCUUUAUUCAAAUGACUCCUUACUUAUAAAAAAUGUUUCCCCUAGGGAUGCUGGAUCCUACACUUGCAUCGCAAGAAACUUUCAUCGCUCUAUUACUGCAACUACCGUGCUUGAAUUUCAAAACCCAACCUCUUGUAGUGGCAUAAAAACACGCUAUGGAGGAAAAUCCUCUGGUACCUAUAUGAUUGACCCUGAUGGCAAAGGAGGCGUGACACCCUUCAAUGUGUACUGUGAUAUGAGUGACAAAGGUGGAGUCGGUGUGACGGUCAUCAGUCAUGACAGUGAGAGAAGAACUCAUGUUGGCAACAUUCCUGGAUGUGGUGAUGACGGAUGUUACAGUAAAGAUGUGCGAUACACUGGAGUCAGUACCACUCAGCUCGCAGCACUCACUCGAGUCUCACAGAACUGUGAACAGUUUAUCAAGUUUGAGUGCAACAAUGACGUAGCUUUUAUCCAGGAAAAUUACGCUUGGUGGGUGUCACGUGAUGGAAAAAGGAUGACCUACUGGGGAGGAGCAACAGGCUCUGAUAAGAUGUGCGCAUGCGGAGUAACAAAUUCUUGUUCUAAUGGCAAAAAGUGUAAUUGUCACAACAGUAGCGGUGGCUGGAGAGAAGACAGCGGUCUGUUGACAGACAAGUCUGUUCUCCCCGUGACCCAAAUCAGACUCGGAGACUUGAACGCUUCUACUGAAGAAGGAUAUCAUACAUUAGGAAAACUCAAGUGUUAUGGCCCAGGUUUAUAUAGUUUUCGUAAAACAAAGACUUUGCUUUUUCACAACCUCGCCAAGGCAGACAGUGUUAUGGAGAGAUCAAAGAUGACCCCAGUUGAUAACAAGCUGGUGUUUUCAUCCUUAUUUCUCUUCGUUAUUUGCUUCGCGGGACUGAUUCAUGUCGAGAUCGAACUUUACGCUCAUCGACAAAUGCUUCAAGCCUUGAGUCAACCAAAAGAAGAGAAAGUCGAGCUGAGGAACACAGAAAACGGCGAAAAAACGAAUGAGAUGAUCAUGUUAUUCCCUUACUCGCAUAAAGAACCAAAAAUUCGUUACAAACGGCACGUGAAAGCUACAGACAGGAGAUUGAACGGCAGUGUGACCAUCGAUCGUGAAGCGAUCAGAAAAGAAGUACGACUUGUAAUCAAGAGCCAGGCCUGCAGUGUUCAUUGCCCCAAGAGCAUCAGGGGAAGACGAGGCAGACCUGGUCAAAGGGGGCCCCCAGGUAAACAUGGACCACCUGGGCCACGGGGAGUAAAGGGACCUAAAGGAAAUAAGGGCCCCCAGGGCAUUCAGGGACCUCCCGGACCUUUGGGCCCUCCUGGAGCUAGGGGCGAGCCUGGUAAAUCAAUCUCAGCUCCCUCUAUUGUUACACCUCCAGUGCCGAUAGUGGUAAACGAAACUGGUACAGCGUCGUUUCAAUGUGAGGUUGAAGGAAAUCCACAGCCUAAAGUCACAUGGCUGAGAGAUAACUCCAGUCUUCUCGCGGACAAACGAGUCGUGCCAACUGCUGGUGGCCUGGUGAUCAGUGGUGUCACGUUAAAAGAUGAUGGAACCUAUACUUGUGAAGCGAGGAAUAUUCUUGGGGUUAUGACGUCAUUGGCUAGGUUGACUGUUCAAGUUGGUGCAUCAAUCAUUCAAAAACCCUCAUCUGUUAUCGUUGAAGAAGGACACAAAGUGAGUCUGGUUUGCCAAGCUACUGGUCAGCCGACACCAACGGUCACGUGGCGAAAAGCAGUCGGUCACAUGUCCAACGAAAGAUCAAGAGUUCUUAAUGGCAAAUUGGAAAUAACCAAUGUGAGUAAAACAGACGGUGGAGACUACAUAUGUUCGGCAAAGAACAUUCUUAACGAGGACUCAGCCCAUACACAAGUCAUGGUGUUUGAACAACUCAGGUUUGCACUACUCCCUCCCCAUAGACGUUCAGCCAAACCUUCAGAAAAUGUGUUACUGACUUGCAAAGCACAAGGAGCAAGAGAAGUCGUGUGGCAGCGGACAGGCCAAGGUCUGCCCUCAGGUCAUAUCCUUUAUUCAAAUGGCUCCCUACUUCUAAAAAGUUUAUCUCCCAACGAUGCUGGAUCCUACACUUGCAUCGCAAGAAACUUUCAUCGCUCUGUAACUGCAACUACCGUGCUUGAAUUUCUAAAACCAACCUCUUGUAGUGACAUUAAAACAUACAGUGGAGGAACAUCCUCAGGUACCUAUUUGAUUGACCCUGAUGGCAAAGGAGGCGUAACACCUUUCAAUGUGUACUGUGACAUGGGUGACAAAGGUGGAGUUGGCGUGACGGUCAUUAGUCAUGACAGUGAGAGUAGAACCUUUGUUGAUCACAAAUCAGGGGGAUGUGGUGGUCCUGGAUGUUACAGAAAAGAUGUGCAAUACACCGGAGUCAGUAUUGCUCAACUAGCAGCACUAACUCGAGUCUCACAAAAUUGCGAACAGUUCCUCAACUUUGAGUGUACAGCUGGUGUAGCGUUUUUCGAGGCUGGUUAUGCUUGGUGGGUGUCACGCAGUGGAACACGAAUGAACUAUUGGGGAGGAGCUACAGGACAUGUCAAUAAAUGCGCAUGCGGAGUAACAAAUUCUUGUUCCAGCGGUUACAUGUGUAAUUGUAGAGGCAGUUUCAGUGGCUGGAGAGAGGAUGGGGGUCUGUUGACGGACAAGGCGGUUCUGCCUGUAACACAAAUUAGACUUGGAGACUUAAAUGGCUCGCACGAAAAAGGAUAUUAUACAUUGGGAAAACUGAAGUGUUAUGGUGUAGCUUAACGUUACAUUGCCCAAGUGGUACCGGCCUUGCAUUUGAAAAGUAUUGAAAACUUUCGUUGACUCUAUAACAUUACCGCAGAUUUAAGUCGUAUUUGACAUUGUAAACUUUAUUGUUGCGGUUGGUAGUUUAGAUUCGGAUAAUCUUGGGCAAUUACUAGUAAGAACAAACUUAAAAAGUAAGUGUAAAAUUUCCACCAGUUUUGACAUCCCUAACACGUAAUCAUCUACACCCCAUCAGUGUUACCGGCGAAGAAAAAUGAUAUAUAAAAAGAAAGAUAGACAGAAAACCAAACAACUAAAGUAUGACAUACCGAAACAUAAAAAUAAAAACAACAUCAACAAUAAGACUAAUAUCUAAAAUCGACCUUCGGUUUCCGCAACAUUUUUAUCACUUUGUCGAGUUUAGACAAGAAGAAAUGUCGACGAAAGGAAUUUUUGUUUUAAGAUUGAAAUUGUUUGUGAAUUUCGAGCUCAGCCGGAUUAAUCGUGUUGGUAGUCGUAGAAGGAAAAUUAUUUUUUAUUAUUCACGAAUACGAGAAGUAAAGCGAAAAAAAUCAGAAUUUUCCGUGAAUAUUCUCAACCCGAGACAGUACGAUUUCUGGAAAGCUCUUUUAAAUAACCUGGAAAAACACCUCUCUGAUGCCAGGAUCAGCGUCUGGUGCGAGAAUCUCGAAUGAUGCGUGGAAGAAUUGUUUUCACAGGCCAAGGGAAGUAUAUACAAAAUUUCUCCAAAAUACUACGUCAUGUUUUUCACUUUAAAUGUCCCAGCUGUUUUUGCUGCCAUCGUUACCAUGGAACCCGCACGUCAUACGCAGGCGCUCUGACUAGAAUUAGUUGCUAGUAAUCGAUUUUCUUCGUUCAAUCUUCGAUCCUCGUGAUAAAUGUUGUGCAAAUGUAGACGAUUUUUCACCAUGGUGCUUUUUCGUUUAUAAUUGUUUCUUCAUGGGUUGCGGGAGUUCUUCGUCGGGCGCUGUGAUAACAACUCAGCAAUCGACUGUGGUAACACCACAAUACAGUGGAACUCAAACAGUAGUGCAAUAUCCCUCAUCUUACCCACGACAAGCAGUCUAUCCACAACAACGUGGACCACCACCAGCUUACUACAACCAGCGUUAUCCUGGUCAGCCCGUUGGAUAUGGAACCCCUGGGGUCAUUCAGCAACCUCAGACAGUUGUGGUCCAGGAUAGAGACAGAGGUGGAGACCUCUUGGUUGGAAUGGCAGCUGGAGCAGUAAUGGCAAAUGCUCUGCAUGGACCUCAUUACUAUGGGCACGGGUCACAUAUCCAUAUCCAUGAUCAUGACCACUUCCAUAGUGGUGGGGAUCACUUUCACGAGCACCAUCACUAUGGAGGCCCUGAGUAUCAUGAACAUUAUGGUGACAAUGGUGGGUUUGAUGGUGGUGGGGGGUUUGAUGAUGGUGGUGGAUUUGAUGGCGGAGGUUUUGAUGAUGGAGGAGGAUUUGAUUAAAGGAGGGAACAGUGUUUUAGAGGAACAUAGAGACAGCAAAAAAGCUGCAAGUAGAUACUGGGAUUUCUAUAUUAAGAGCCAAUUAGGGGCAAAAUUCACUGUAUAUAUUUCUAACAAUAUUUCCUGCAAAAUUUUCUGAAACUAAGAACAAUGGAGUGAAAAUUGCACUUUUGUUAGCCAUCUACCUUGCAGUUUUUGCUGUUUGCUUUGAAACUUAAUGAAAACCCUGAGAGAAAAAGCUUGAAAUUAGCCAAGGAAUCAGCCUUGAAUGAAAGAUGACUCGCUUACUACACAUGACAUGUACUGGUAAUAUUUGCCAAUAAGCCAUAUGGUACAACCAGAACUGAGCUUAUAACCUAGGUCAUAUGCUUCUGUUUCUACUGAAAGCAUUUGAAAGCAUGAGGUAGACUUUCAGAACAGCUCAGUAUAUGAAGACUAUGAGGUCUUUUUAUGGAGCAAAAAUUGUUUCUGCUUUCUCAGGCUUCAUUUAAGUUAUUGUGUCAGUAAAUUAUUCUAAGUUCACUUUUUCCUACAUAUUUAGAUCGAGCUUUAAUGUGAGGUAUUUUUGAAAGCUGUGAUAACCUUACCAAGACAUAAAAAAUAAUGAAUUUAUACAGUCAUGUAUCCCAUUCAGCUUCACAAAAAAUUCAUUCUGUUGAUAUUGUUACAUAUAGCAGUAAAAGUAUGUCUCACUGUAAUUAUUGUAAAUGCAUUUCCUCCCUGGCCAGAAGUUUGAGUGACAGUAUUUAAACUGAGUACAUAACUUUUCGUAAGUAUGUGGAAAAAUCAAUGUAUGAAAAUUAAAUUACAUAUCAGAACACAUAUUUGUAGGAUGUUGAUACUUCAUAACUUCACAAUAAAUACAAAUAGAAUUUAAUGGUGAGUAGGGGUGUAUUUUUUUGUUUAGUUAUUUAAUAGAUACUUUGUUAUAACUAUAGUGUACUAUAGUUAAUCUAUGAAAAAUUAAAGUUACCCUCUCAGAUACA